AUGUUCACCCGCCCUCGCGCCCCCGCGCCCGUCCACACCGCGGUCCAUCGUCACACCACGCGCGCCACACGCGUCGUCAUCGCUCGAUCGACCGCCUACGACGCCCUCAGCGGGUAUCAAAAGAAUCGCAUGCAGAACGCGCGGACCGACGCCGAUUGGGCCGCGAUCGAAAAAGACGUCCCCGGCGCGCGCGCGAUGUACGCCUCGGCGCAACGCGCGCGCGCGACGACGCCGCCGACGACGAAGGACCCCAUGGACGCGCUGUGCGACGCCGAUCCCGGGGCGAUCGAGUGCAAGGCGUUCGAUUGA